AUGGCAAACAUCGCAAAAAAUGAAUUCCCGGCUCUUAAUAUCACCGGAGAAAAUUAUAUGCCGUGGACGGCACAUGUUAAGCGACAUCUCAAAUCAAUGGGUGUUUUGGAAACGAUAAUGAAGUCGAAUAAUUGUAGCGAUCAAGACAAGGCAAAAGCAGGUGUCUUCCUCCAUAAACACAUUGAUGAGAUGUUGCAAUUUGAAUAUUCAAAUUGUGAGGAUCCAUACGUUUUAUGGAAAGAUUUAAAAAGCAGAUUUGAUCAUCAGAGGGAAGUUUUACUUCCCACUGCUAGAGAUGAAUGGAACAAUCUCAGGUUCCAAGAUUUUAAAAAGGUGAAUGAAUACACCUCUGCUUUGUUUAGAAUAUGCUCAACGCUCCGAUUCUGUGGGCAAACUGUUACGGAGGAAGAUAUGUUAGAGAAAACUUUCUCCACAUUUCAUGCAUCAAAUAUAAACUGCAACAACAAUAUCGGUUGCAAAUGUUUCAAAGAUAUUCUGAUCUAA